AUGGACGUGGUCGUGGACGUGGACGUGGACGUGGACGUGGACCUGGACGUGGACCUGGACGUAGACGUGGACGUGGAUGUGGACGUUGACGUGGACGUGGACGUGGACGUGGACGUGGGCGUCGACGUGGACGUUGAGGUGGUCCUGGACGUGGUCGUGGACGUGGACGUGGACGUGGACGUGGACGUGGACAUGGACGUCCACGUGGACGUGGGCGUGGACCUGGACGUGGGCGUGGACGUGGACGUAGGCGUGGACGUGGACAUGGACGUGGACGUGGACGUGGAGCUGGACAUGGACGUGGACAUGGACGUGGACGUGGACGUGGACGUGGUCGUGGACGUGGUCAUGGUCGUGGACGUGGUCGUGGACGUUGACGUGGACGUGGACGUGGAGGUGGACGUGGACGUUGUCGUAGACGUGGUCGUGGUCGUGGACGUGAACGUGGACAUGGUCGUUGACGUGGUCGUAGACGUAGACGUGGACGUAGACGUAGACGUGGACUUGGACGUGGUCGUGGACGUGGACGUGGUCGUGGACGUGGACGUGGACGUGGACAUGGACGUUGUCGUGGACGUGGUCGUGGACGUGGACGUGGACGUGGAGGUGGACGUGGACGUGGUCGUGGACGUGGACGUGGACGUGGACUUGGACGUGGACGUGAACCUGGACGUGGACGUGGACGUGGACGUGGAGGUGGACGUGGACGUGGACGUGGUCGUGGACGUGGACGUGGACGUGGUCGUGGACCUGGACGUGGUCGUGGACGUGGACGUGGACGUGGACGUGGACAUGGACUUGGACGUGGACGUGGACAUGGACAUGGACGUGGACGUGGACUUGGACGUGGACGUGGACGUGGAGGUGGACGUGGACGUGGUCGUGGACGUGGACCUGGACGUGGACCUGGACGUGGACGUAGACGUGGGCGUGGACGUGGACGUGGAGGUGGACGUGGGCGUGGUAGUGGACGUGGACGUGGACGUGGACGUGGACCUGGUCGUGGACGUGGACGUGGAUGUGGACGUGGUCCUGGACGUGGACGUGGACGUGGACAUGGUCGUGGACGUGGACGUGGACGUGGUCGUGGACGUGGACGUUGACGUGUACGUGGACGUGGACCUGAACGUGGACGUGGACGUGGACGUAGACGUGGACGUGGACGUGGACUUGGACGUGCACGUGGACGUGGACGUGGACCUGGAAGUGGACGUGGACAUGGACGUGGUCCUGGACGUGGUCGUGGACAUGGACGUGGACCUGGACGUGGACGUGGACGUGGACGUGGACGUGGUCGUGGACGUGGACGUGGACGUGGACGUGUACGUGGACGUGGUCGUGGACGUGGACCUGGACGUGGACGUGGACGUGGACGUGGUCGUGGACGUGGACGUGGACGUGGUCGUCGACGUGUACGUGGACGUGGACGUGGACGUGGACGUGGAGAACGUGGACGUGAACGUGGAGGACGUAGACGUGGACGUGGACAUGGACGUGGACGUGGAGGACGUGGACCUGGACGUGGAGGAUGUGGACAUGGACGUGGACGUGGUCGUGGACGUGGACGUGGUCGUGGACGUGGACGUGGACGUGGUCGUGGACGUGGACGUGGACGUGGACGUGGAGGUGGAGGUGGACAUGGAGGUGGAGGUGGACGUGGACGUAAACGUGGACGUGGACCUGGACGUGGACGUGGACGUGGACGUGGACGUGGACGUCGACGUGGACGUGGACGUCGACGUGGACGUGGGCGUGGACUUGGACGUGGGCGUGGACGUGGACGUGGACGUGGACGUGGACCAAGACGUGGACGUGGACGUGGACGUGGUCGUGGACGUGGUCGUGGACGUGGACGUGGACGUGGACGUGGAGGUGGACGUGAACGUGGACGUGGACGUGGUCGUGGACGUGGUCGUGGUCGUGGACGUGGACGUGGACGUGGUCGUUGACGUGGACGUGGACGUGGACGUGGUCGUGGACAUGGACAUGGACGUGGACGUGGACCUGGAGGUGGAGGUGGACGUGGACGUGGGCCUGGACAUGGACGUGGAGGUGGACGUGGACGUGGACGUGGACAUGGACGUGGACGUGGACGUGAACGUGGUCGUGGACGUGGUCGUGGACGUGGACGUGGACGUGAACGUGGUCGUGGACCUGGACGUGGUCGUGGACGUGGACGUGGACCUGGACGUGGACGUGGACGUGGACGUGGACGUGGAGGACUUGGACGUGGACGUGGACGUGGACGUGGACGUGGACGUGGACGUGGUCGUGGACGUGGACGUGGACGUGGACGUGGACGUGGACGUGGACGUGGUCGUGGACGUGAACGUGGACAUGGACGUGGACGUGGACAUCGACGUGGACGUGGACGUGGACGUGGACGUGGACGUGGACGUGGACGUGGACGUGGACGUGGACGUGCACGUGGACGUGGACGUGGACCUGGACGUGGACGUGGAUGUGGACGUGGACGUGGACGUGGACAUGGACGUGGACGUGGACGUGGACGUGGUCGUGGACGUGGUCGUGGUCGUGGACGUGGACGUGGACGUGGACCUGGACGUGGACGUGGACAUGGACGUGGACGUGGGCAUGGACGUGGACGUGGAGGUGGACGUGGGCGUGGUAGUGGACGUGGACGUGGACGUGGACCUGGUCGUGGACGUGGACGUGGACGUGGACGUGGUCCUGGACAUGGACGUGGACGUGGACGUGGACGUGGUCGUGGACGUUGACGUGGACGUGGACGUGGUCAUGGACGUGGACGUUGACGUGUACGUGGACGUGGACCUGAACGUGGACGUGGACGUGCACAUGCACGUGGACGUGGAUGUGGACCUGGACGUGGACUUGGGCGUGGACGUGGACGUGGACGUGGACGUGGUCGUGGACGUGGUCGUGGACGUGGACGUGGUCGUGGACGUGGUCGUGGACGUGGACGUGGUCGUGGACGUGGACAUGGACGUGGACAUGGACUUGGACGUGGACGUGGACGUGGACGUGGACGUGGUCGUGGACGUGGACGUGGACAUGGACGUGGUCCUGGACGUGGACGUGGACAUGGACGUGGACCUGGACGUGGACGUGGACAUGGACGUGGUCGUGGACGUGGACGUGGACGUGGUCGUGGACGUGUACGUGGACGUGGACUUGGACGUGGACGUGGACGUGGACGUGGACGUGAUCGUGGACGUGCUCGUGGACGUGGACGUGGACGUGGACGUGGUCGUGGACGUCGACGUCGACGUCGACGUGGUCGUGGACGUGGACGUGGACGUGGAGAACGUGGACGUGAACGUGGAGGACGUAGACGUGGACGCGGACACGGACGUGGACGUGGAGGACGUGGACCUGGACGUGGAGGACGUGGACGGGGACGUGGACGUGGACGUGGUCGUGGACGUGGACGUGGACCUGGACGUGGACGUGGACGUGGACGUAGACGUGGGCGUGGACGUGGACGUGGAGGUGGACGUGGGCGUGGUCGUGGACGUUGACGUGGACGUGGACGUGGACGUGGACCUGGUCGUGGUCGUGGACGUGGACGUGGACGUGGACGUGGUCGUGGACGUGGACGUGGACGUGGGCGUGGACGUGCACGUGGACGUGGAGGACGUGAACGUGGACGUGGAGGACGUCGACGUGGACGUGGACGUGGACGUGGAGGACGUGGACCUGGACGUGGAGGACAUGGACGACGUGGACGUGGACGUGGUCGUGGACGUGGACGUGGACGUGGUCGUGGACGUGGACGUGGACGUGGUCGUGGACGUGGACGAGGUCGUGGAUGUGGACGUGGACGUGGACGUGGACAUGUACUUGGAGGAGGUGGACGUGGACGUGGAGGACGUGGACGUGGACGUUGUCGUGGACGUGGACCUGGACGUGGACCUGGACGUAGACGGGGACGUGGAUGUGGACGUUGACGUGGACGUGGGCAUGGACAUGGACGUGGACGUGGUCCUGGACGUGGUCGUGGACGUGGACGUGGACCAGGACGUGGACGUGGACGUAGACGUGGAUGUGGACGUGGUCGUGGACGUGGACGUGGUCGUGGACGUGGACGUGGAUGUGGACGUGGUCGUGGACGUGGACGUUGACUUGGACGUGGACGUGGACGUGGACGUGGACGUGGUCGUGGACGUGGACGUGGACUUGGACGUGGACGUGGAUGUGGUCGUGGACCUGGACGUGGACGUGGACGUGGUCGUGGACGUGGUCGUGGACGUGGACGUGGACGUGGACGUGGACGUGGUCGUGGACGUGGACGUGGUCGUGGACCUCGACGUGGACGUGGACGUGGUCGUGGACAUGGUCGUGGACGUGGACGUGGACGUGGUCGUGGACGUGGCCAUGGACGUGGUCGUGGACGUGGAGGUGGACGUGGACGUGGACGUGGACGUGGUCGUGGACGUGGACGUGGACGUGGAGGUGGACGUGGACCUGGACGUGGACCUGGACGUGGACGUGGGCGUGGACGUGGACCUGGACGUGGACUUGGACGUGGACCUGGACCUGGACGUGGACUUGGACGUGGACAUGGAUGUGGACGUGGACGUGGACGUGGACGUAGACGUGGACGUGGACCUGGUCGUGGACGUGGACGUGGUCGUGGACGUGGUCGUGCUCGUGGACGUUGACGUGGACGUGGACGUGGACGUGGAGGUGGACGUGGACGUGGAAGUGGACGUGGUCGUGGACGUGGUCGUGGUCAUGGACGUGGACGUGGACGAAGACGUGGACGUGGACGUGGUCGUGGUCGUGGACAUGGACGUGGUCGUGGACGGGUUCGUGGACGUGGACGCGGACGUGGACGUGGACGUGGACGUGGACGCGGACGUGGACGUGGACGGGGUCGUGGACGUGGACGCGGACGUGGACGUGGACGUGGUUGGGGACGCGGACGUGGACGUGGACUUGGACGCGGACGUGGACGGGGACGUGGACGUGGUCGGGGACGUGGACGUGGACGUGGACGUGGACCUGGACGGGGACGUGGACGUGGACGUGGUCGUGGACGUGGACGUGGACGUGGACGUGGACGUGGACGUGGUCGUGGACGUGGUCGUGGUCGUGGACGUGGACGUGGUCGUGGACGAGGACGUGGACGUUGACGUGGUCGUGGACGUGGACGUGGACGUGGUCGUGGACGUGGACGUGGUCGUGGUCGUGGUCGUGGACGUGGUCGUGGACGUGGACGUGGUCGUGGACGUGGUCGUGGACCUGGAUGUGGUUGAGGACGUGGACGUGGUCGAGGACGUGGUCGUGGAGGUGGACGUGGACGUGGACUUGGACGUGGACGUGGACGUGGAUGUGGACGUGGACGUGGACGUGGACGUGGACGUGGACGUGGACUUGGACGUGGACGUGGACGUGGACGUGGACGUGGUCUUGGACGUGGACGUGGACGUGGUCGUGGUCGUGGACGUGGACGUCGACGUGGACGUGGUCGUGGUCGUGGACUUGGACGUCGACGUGGACGUGGACGUGGACUUGACGUGGACGUGGACGUCCACGUCCACGACCACGUCCUGA